AUGAGUGAAAAUCAUUGUGAAAACAAUAAUUUAAUAGAUAUAUCAAUAAAAGAUCGUCUUAGAAAUGAAUUGAAUGCAACUGAUCAUGAAUUAAAAUCUUUAGAAAAAUUAUUAAAAAUUCAAAAAGAAAAAAUGAUUCAACAAAGAGGAAAUUCUUAUAAACCAUCAAUUGUUAUCGAUGAUUUUCUUUAUCAUGGAGAUUUAGCUCAUGCUAUUGAUGUUAAUUUACUUUUGGAUCUUAAUAUAAAAUAUAUAAUAAAUAUGUGUGAUUGUCCAUUAGAUAAACAAAUUCAUGAGAUGUUUAAUGUUUUAUGGAUAAAGGAUUUAGAAGAUGAUUUUAAAGGAGAUAUUCGAAAAUGUUUUGAUAAAACAAAUGAAUUUUUAUUUAAAUGUAAACAAAAUAAUGAUAAAGUAUUAGUACAUUGUCAAGCUGGAAUAUCUCGAUCAUCUUCAAUUAUUCUUGCAUAUUUAAUCAGAUUUGAUAAACAAAGUUUAGAAAAAGCUUAUGAAUAUUUACUUGAACGGCGACCUAUCGCUGCUCCCAAUUAUGGUUUUCUCAUACAAUUAAUUCGAUAUGAGAAUGAAAUAAAACAUGAUAAUCAACUAAAUAUAAUUGAUGACAAACAACAAUGUACAAUAAAACCAAUUGAAGAUAAUUCACCGGAUGAAACAACGAAGUUCUAA